CCUGAUAGAUUAUAGGCUACUUGUCAUGCUUCCAUGGCCAAGUGGUAUUAGGCUUCACUUCAGACCGUACCAUUCACACUUCUACACCCGCGUCACACACAUUAAUUACACAUAUAGAUCAGUCUCGUUUACACUAGUCUAAAUGACAUGUAGUGGGGGGCUAUUAUGCAUUUAGCACGUGUUAAAGAUUACAAUCAGCCCCCUCCUCCCGGUCACUACAGGUUUCUUUCGGUUGUGUUGCACAGCCGACUGCUUAUGCUGCUGCCGUCGUUAGCCGAGUAUUGAGCUACCAGCUGACCUACUUUCUCUGCUCUCAGCCACUCGGUCCUGUUUACAAGCCACUGCCAGCGGAGGAUGUGGAGUACAGUGCCUGGAAAAUAGACGGACACAGCCCGCAACUAGCAAAGGGACCACGGACGGGAAAUUUGACCGUGUGUCGUUGAUAAAUUAGGGCUGCCAAAGCCACGGACAGCUCACCGGCGAUUAAUAACAGCGCGUUAUUAACUUAGGCGUUGUUAUGCAAUUUAACGCUUUCAGUGCGCUCGCCUGGUCAGUCUGUCGCUGGUAGUUGCGCUCGGCUGCUAUGCUUUAGUUUCCUUUAAAAAAUGACUAGAUUGAUAAAAGUUAAGCGUGGAUCUUUCUUUCUGCUGGGGAGCCCCUUUCAAGGAUUUGGCGUUUCUUUGGUGGACUCGAGGAGGUGGUGGGCAACUGGUCCACGGUAGGUUUUUCCAAAAGAGUGUUCAGACGAGGUCAGCGCGGAUGGGACUUAUAAGACUUCAGAAAGGGCCUGGUUGGGAAAAGGAGUGAGUAUGGACAAUCUUUCUGACUUCGGGGGCCCCUGUCCAUCCAGCCGCAGGGAAUGGGACACCAACAGCUGCGUGGAUGAUUUGAUGGAUGAAGAUGAGAAAGACAGGGCAAAAAGGGCAUCUCGUAACAAAUCAGAAAAGAAAAGAAGAGACCAAUUCAAUGUGCUCAUCAAGGAGCUUUGCACCAUGCUGCAGGGUCAAGGCCAUCCGCGCAAGAUGGACAAGUCCACCAUACUGCAGAGAACUAUUGACUUCCUGCAGAAACAGAAAGACAUCACUGCACAGAACGAAACUUGUGAUGUGAGACAGGACUGGAAGCCUUCGUUCCUCAGUAAUGAGGAGUUCACUCAGCUAAUGCUGGAGGCCCUAGAUGGUUUCUUGGUAGCAUUAACUACAGAUGGAAACAUCAUAUACGUAUCUGACAGUGUGUCUUCACUCAUUGGCCAUUUACCGUCAGAUAUGGUGGACCAAAAUAUCUUGAAUUUCCUCCCGGAGCGGGAACACGGGGAGGUGUAUAAGCUGCUAUCAUCCCACAUGCUGAUGACUGACCCCAUUGCUGCUGACUUCCUUGACAGUGAGGCACAUAUUGAAUUUUGCUGUCACCUAGCCAGAGGUAACAUUGACCCAAAGGAGCCGCCUGUAUACGAGUAUGUCAAGUUUGUCGGAGAUUUCAAGUUUCAUAACAAUGUGCCUACAUCUUCUUGUAACGGGCUGGAUUUGACGUUACCAAGAAGUCUGCAGUCAUCGCUAGAGGAGCAGGUCUGCCUCAUUGCUACUGUACGAUUAGUCACUCCACAGUUUCUAAAGGAUCUGUGUAAUGUGGAAGAUCCUUGUGAUGAAUUCACAUCCAGACACAGCCUUGAAUGGAAGUUCCUGUUUUUAGAUCACAGAGCUUCACCGAUCAUAGGCUAUUUACCCUUUGAGGUUCUUGGAACUUCUGGCUAUGAUUACUAUCACGUGGAUGACUUGGAGCUGAUAGCUCAGUGUCAUAAGCAGUUAAUGCAGUUUGGAAAGGGUAAAUCCUGCUACUAUCGCUUCCUGACUAAAGGUCAGCAGUGGAUUUGGUUGCAGACUCACUACUACAUCACUUACCACCAGUGGAACUCCAAACCUGAGUUCAUCGUCUGUACCCACACUGUUGUCAGUUAUGCUGAAGUGCGAGCUGAAAGGAGGAGAGCGUUUGGCUUUGAAGAGCUGUCUCCACCUGAGAUAGCUCCCUCGUCAGUGAAGGCUCAGGAGCUCUACUUGGACAUCUGCUCCACACUGGACCCUCCGCGGGACAGAAACAGUGGUGCACGUUCGGUGUCCUCCCACAGCUCCCGGAAAUCCUCCCACACAGCGAUGUCAGACUCUGCAUCUAACUCCUUCACAGAGGCCUGCACACCAUCAUGGCAGUCUGCUUCCAUUGGGACAGAGAAGGCAUCUGCCAGACUCCAACCCAGUAGUUCAAAGAAUUUGGCACAAAGGCAAAAUUCCUUUGACCUCGUUCCCCAACUGAGCCUCCCCCUUUCUCCUACCUGCAGCAAGCACUCCGCAAUGCAACAGCAAACGCAGCAGCAGCAGCAGCAGCAGCAGCAGCAGUCGUCAUCGUCGCCCAUGUAUCAGCUGCAACAGCCUCAGCUCUGUGUAAUGAACCAGCUGAAGGAGCAGCUGGAGGAGAGGACGCGCAUCCUGCAAGCUGACAUUAAGACGCAGCAGCAGGAGCUGCACGACAUUAAGGAGAAGCUUCACCUCGCUAAUCUCCAGAUGUUGUUACAGCAGCCUACCCACAGUGACUUUGGCCAGGCCCAGCAGCAGCACCCCCAGCAGCAGGGCUCAGGCAGGCCGGCCCAGCAGAGUCAGUCAGGGGUGAUCAGGCAGCUCUCAGGCCACCCUAAACCACCGUCCUGCGGGGCCCACAGCUCAUCCCCUCACUCACUCCUGAGAGAGAACAGCUCGCCCUCAACGCAGGUUCAGCAGAGGAUUGUGCGGAGUGGGCAGGCGCAGUCGGUGAGCGUACCCGUGCAGACGAACACAAGUGUGACAAUGCCCUUCUACAGCAACCCCAUGAUGUUCUCUCAGACCAACACGAGGUCUCUACAGGAUGCAAACCAAAGACACACGGACAGCGAGUUCAGCCAAGAUGGACAACUACGCAUGCUCCUCAACCAACCAAUGCAGACUCUGGUUCCCACUAGCAGUGUCACCACACAGCCUUCCCAGUGCAACAUGGGCAUCUCCCAAACCAUAUACACCCUGGAGCAGCAGAUCAUCGGCCCUUCAUUCUCCAUGCAACAGGUCAACUGCAACGCCGUCCUUGUGCCCUCCCCAGUCUUCACGUCCCCCAUAAUGAUACCACACAACAAUUUCAUCACAAACCAGUCACAGUCAGCCUACCACACUCAGCCUCAGGCUUCUCAGCACUCCCUGCAGCUACAGCAGCCCCAGCAGUUCUUUCAGAUGGCUCAAGGACUUGUACAUGGUGGAUCUACUCCAGCAUUCUUACACACCACUAAUGUCCCACAGCAAAGCACUGUGGGAUACAUCCAGCAGCAGCAGCAGCAGCAGCAAACACAGCAACUUCCACAAGCACAGCAGCAACAGGCGCAACAGCAACAAAGGCAAUACCAACAUUCCCAAAACCAGACUGGCAGUGUUUCAGACUUCAGAAAUAUGCUGACUCGGUAGCGCUGUGGACCGUGUUAGAGCGCUGAGAUCUCCCUCUGUGCUGUCGCCGUGUAGGCGGUAGCAUGUCGUGGCAUCCAGAAGUCGAACCAGACCUCAGGUUCUGUGGCGGAAUUGCCUAAAAGUGGAAAAUUACUUCUAGUGACCUUACUGUUGAUGUCAAGCCGCCCGUUCAGAGGAAGCUGAUCUGUGCAUCACUGCUGUGAAAACCACAAGCAGAGGCUGCACCGACCUGACGUCACCUGAAGGAUGCGAGGAGAGCCUGAGGUGCUGGGGCCUUCAUCGCCGGCCCACAUCACACUCAGCUGUCGAUCGGUAAAAAUGCUGGAACAAGUGGAUUAUCAAAGCUAUCGAGAAGACACCACUUUCACAUGUUUCCAUGUGGACAUUUUUUCACCUGAGAGUUUCAUUUAAAGUGGAUGCUUGCACUUUGGUACUGCCCUGUACCCAAAAGUAGAGUAUUUGUGCCCAUAAAUUAAUGUUCUAUUUUCUUCACUAAUAAUGGCUUGACAUUAUACAGCUUGAUAUCCCUCCCCCAGUGACAUACAAUCAUCAUCCCUGGUCAGAUUUUUAGCCCCAGUGUAACUGUUUCAUCUCAUAAAGGGAUUUGUGUGGUGGGAACUCGACAUCAGAUGUCGCUCCCAUAUGUCCCCAAAAUAAUACUUGCAGGUAUGUUCAUGGCAAGUCAGCAGAGAGGGAUUUUAUUGUGAAACACACAGCGGUGAGUGCACUGUCAUAUCUACAGUCAAGCUCAGUAUGAAUUCAGAUAAAACACGCUCCACUGGUUGCCGAGGGGAAUAUUCUCCAAUUACUAGAAAGGUCUAUCUAGAUUUUUAAAGCCUCAAUCUGGGAAGAAGGGAUGCUACAACUGUCCCACCAUUUCUCACUGAGAAGGACAACAAAGCUCUGAAGUCCUGCUGAAGGUGCUUCUGAUGAGCUCUGCAGUGUGAGUCCUUCAACAAGCUACCAGAGGGGGAACAAAUUGUGCCUUUAACCAUGGUCUGCCCAUGGUGCGGUUUGAUGGUUGUGUCUGAUUACGGCUUUAAAAAUCCAGCUCAGGUCCAUUUGGAAUACAAAGGUAUAUUUUCAUAGGUCAUAAUGUAUUAUUUUCCACAUCAGAUUUAAACAGAAGUCAUCUAGAUUUGUAAUGGAUGUAUUACAGAUUAUAUAUUGGAUGCUUUUCGCAACCGUUACAUCAGUAAGUCCAAACUCUUUUUAAAACUUUCUGUAAUGAUAGGAGCUGAUAAGAUUCAUUUAACCCUAAAUCACUUCAUGUUUAUUUAUUUACGUAUAUAUUUGAAAAAAUAUGUGAUAUUAAGAAACUAGUUUUAUACACAAAGGUUCUAAUUGAUUUUAUGAGUUCAUCUGGACAUUAAAAGGUCAACGCUGGUCUGAAUGGUCUAAUGCAGGAACACUCACAGUCAUUUCUUAUACACAAUACAACAAGGUUUUGCAGAAGUGUCGGUUGGUCAGGGUGGGAAAUGAUUUGGGAUUGAUUCUGCCCACUGCCUGGAUAUUUUUUAACAGUAUUACCCUUUUUAUUCUGCAUUCCUCUUUAUUUUGGUCUUUGUUUCGUUUGGUUUAUUUGACUGUCUGAGAAGUCACUAAAUGUACGCUCUAACCGUGACCAAAUGAGCUCAUUUACAAGUAAACAAGACAUCACUUUCUACUACAAAUGUGAUCUCAUCGAAAAACAAAAAAUACUGUAACAGAUGACAAUUUUCCCAAAAAUAUCGCAAUCUACAAAACCCUUAAGGGUACAUGGGGAGAAAAAUAUAAAUGGGUGAAAAAAAGAUUGGGACAGAAAAGAUAGCUGGGUAAAAAAAGGAGAAAAAUGAUGGGUGAAAAAAGAUAACGGAGAAAAAAUGAUGGGUGAAAAAAAGAGAGAACACAAAAGUUUUGCAGGGGAACGCAAACAUCUCUUGGGAGCAGGUAAAAAUAUUUCUUUUUGUCACCCAUUUUUUCUUUUUACCCAUCUGUUUUUUUCUCUCCCAUGUCCACUUAGAAACCUCCAAUGCAUUGUUGCUUAGAAUAUCAUACUGCUGCUGUGUUACACACAAACACUACAUCUGACAUUAUUUCAAGAUUUUUUUUAAUCAUCUGGAAGUUGCUCAAGUUAUUUGCAGAGUCAGUCUUGUCAGACGUUACAAUCUUGUUCUUUUCAUACUUUUAAUACUUUCUGUAUGACAAUCUUUUGAGUCCAUCAUAUUUUGAGAGAUCUUUUGGUGAAACUUUCUGCAAUAUGUGCAACCAUAACUGCACUCCUAUCUUAAACAGUCAUUUUUAAUAUUAAGGUAAGCAGACGUUAAGGUAUUUAUCGACACGAGUUGUUCUUCAGAGUGUUGUCAGAUUGCAGGGCUGCCAUAAUGGUUAGAGGGUUUGGAGUGUGCUGGUGAAGGCAGAUUAAACACACUAAAGAGCAUGCAUGCAUCUCUCUCCUGUUAAUGACAAUCAGACAACUCGUAACAGUGUGCUGUACAGAAGCUGCCUGUGCCACAGUCUGACUUCAUCACUUUAAAUUUGAAAAGCUUCUAUCUUUUAAUCCCUGGGUUACAUAGUUGUUCCCAGCUCAGCAGGAAAAACAGUUUCUUGUGACUCAGUGUUUCCUUAAAGUCUCACUGUGGGAACUUGUGCAACACUUUAUAAAAAGCAGCCCUUCAUGCUCAGUAUGACAGUUUGGUCUCAGCUGUAUACAUUCAAGUUAGCAAGACUGGUGCUGCUCACAGUGGACGACAACGCUCAGCAUGUACGUUCAGUGCCGAUUUACACUUUCCUACGUGCAAUGUCAAUUUGAAGAAGAAGAAUGUUAAUUUAUACUGUUUUAAAUGUUUCACAACAGAUGUACGAUGUAUAUAGAGGUGUAUAAUAAGCCAUUGUAACAUGUAAAUUAUAUGGAAGUAUUUUUUUAAUGAAAAUGUCCUAACAUUCCUCCAACCGUAGAUAUCAGCAGUAUCUUUUAUUAAGGUAUCAGAUGUGUCCUGCGGGAAUGUGGUGUUAGUUUUUCCUCAAACACAAUAACAGAACAGAAACUCUAGAGUAAAUGAUCAUGUUUUCACAAUGAUUAAAUGAAGAAUCUGAAUUUCAGACACUUUAAGUGUGUGCAGGAACUGCUCUGUGGUCUUUAUAGGGUAGUUCAGCCAAAAAUGACUCAAGUUAACCUGCAAAAAGUCAUUGUCCUUUUUUUCUCAGUUUAAUUGGUUACAGUUGUUUAGCUUUUAAGAAGUGCAAUUGUCCAUCAUCAUUCAAAUCAGUGUGUUAGACAGCUGAGGGAAGUCUACCUUUCCCAUUAUGUAUUUCUAUACAUCCACAUUCAGUAUAGCAAAAGUAAAGUGA